CCCUCGUUUUGGGCGGGUCGCGGGCUACCUAUCCGGGAGGUUAGACCCGGCGUGGGUAUACUAGUGUGAGAGACCAUUGUCCGCCACCGCGGAUGGCGAGGGAUCUGAUCGGGCCGGCACUGCCGCCCGGCUUCAAGGCCAGCGGGUCAGCGGAGGACGAGGAGCGGGACCCCAGCCCCGUUGCAGGACCAGCUCUGCCCCCUAAUUAUAAAAGCAGUAGUUCAGAGUCGUCAGACAGCGACGAGGACAGUAGUUCUUUAUCCGAAGAAGGAAAUCAAGAAUCUGAAGAUGAGGACACUGGUCCAACUGCAAGAAAACAGAGGAGAAAUCAGGAUGACGAGGAUGACGAUGACGAAGGGUUCUUUGGACCAGCCCUUCCUCCUGGAUUUAAAAAGCAGGAUGAUUCUCCUCCAAGGCCUAUAAUUGGUCCUGCGUUACCACCUGGUUUUCUUAAAUCGACACAGAAAAGUGACAAAGGCAGAGAUGACCCAGGACAAGUAUCAUCAUAUUUCAACUCUGAGAAAGAAACAGAUAGCAGUGAAGAGGAGGACAUUGUGGGACCGAUGCCUGCCAAAGGACCAGUUAACUCUAGUGUAACAGCAGAGUUUGAAAAAAGGGCCCAGAGAAUGAAAGAAAAACUAACUAAAGGAGAUGAUGAUUCAUCUAAACCAAUUACAAGAGAGUCCUGGAUGACUGAGCUUCCUCCGGAGAUGAAAGACUUUGGUCUUGGGCCCAGAACUUUCAAGAGAAGAGCUGAUGAUAAAUCUGGAGAUCGGUCAGUCUGGACAGAUACUCCAGCUGACAGAGAAAGGAAAGCUAAGGAGACACAAGAAGCAAGAAAGUCAUUCAAUAAGAAGGAUGAAGAGCAUAUAUUGUCAGGAAGGGAAAAGAGAUUGGCCGAGCAGGUGUCCUCAUACAAUGAAUCAAAAAGAUCAGAAUCUCUUAUGGACAUUCAUCAUAAAAGAUUAAAGAAUAAGGCUGCUGAAGAUAAAAAUAAGCCCCAAGAGAGAAUACCAUUUGACCGUGAUAAGGACCUCAAAGUUCAUCGGCUUGACGAAGCUCAGAAAAAAGCCCUGGUAAAGAAAUCUAGAGAACUACACACCAGGUUUUCACAUGGCAAAGGCAAUAUGUUUUUAUAAGGGGAUUUCCCUGUGCAAUGAAGAAGAGUUGAAGAUUACUCUCUUUUCUGUCUGUCCAUCUUUCUUCCUUUGUUUUGAGUUUCUUAAGAUUGGAGGAUUACUUUAGUCUUAAAAAUUGUACAGACUUGUUCUGUGUGUCCUUUAAAGUCACGUGAAAACAAAAUCAGUGCGUUUUAUGUAGAGUAGAAUUUUGUGUGUCUUUGGCUUCUGAGGAAGUGUGGGCUUUUCUUCAAAUAAUUAUUUUAUUUUGAGGAUUCCCCCCCCCCCACCACCCCCUAAUUUUUGUGCCGUCUCACAAGUGCCCUGUAAGACCUGGUCAGGACCAUCUACUGAGUCUCUCCCAUAACUCUGACCCGCUCAUCAAAUGUUAUGAACCUGUCCUGAGUGACUGUGUCGAGUCCUUGCAGUGAAUUCGUGAAUUUGAAAUCAUGUGGGUUUCCCUCUAAACUGCAGCCAGUGAAUACACAACAUUUACUUGAAAAUAGAGGGUGUGGAGGUUUUGUCUAUUUUGUUAUCAAUUUGCUUGUUUGGGCAAUCAGGGCUUUUUACUUGUAGUUUGGGUUUUUUGGUUUGUUUCUAAGUCAGAAACAGGGACCUCUGAAUUAUUUCAUGUACUAAGGAAAAACUAUUUUGAUUUUUCCAACAUUAGUAAGUAUUUCUAGGGGAGGCAAUCUGAGGGGCAAGAGAACACCAUUAACCGUUAGCAGUGUGAAGUCUGAGGCUUGGUGUCUGUGAUCUCCACCAAAGCUUUUCUAAGUCUUUAAACUGCUUUAGGAUGAGUUGACUUGAUUCAUUUAUAUUUAACACGUUUUAGCUAAUUUAUUGGGGGCAGAUCUUUUGUAUCAAUCAUAAGUAACUUUUUAAAAAAUCAAACUCAUAAUCCCUGAAUACAAAAAUAGAAAUGGAAACUGUAAUCGAAAACACCCUGGUCAGGAGUAUUGUAAGUUUGUGAUGCUUUAAGCACUGCCUCUUAAGAUGUUGAACAGAAAACUCAAUAGUUAAAGCUUAAAUUCAAUUUCUGAAAGUUAUAUUUUCUUACAGAUUAAUCCUGAUUGUUCUGCUAGUUCUGUGUUGUAGUUUUGAUGAAGCACAUGGUCUUAAUGGAAAAAAAUUCUGAGUCCUAGUUCAUUUAGGCUUUAUGAAAAUUGAGUAACCUCUUCAGUCAAAGAUGGGACAAAUUUUUCUCCUUCUGGUCAUAGAAGUACAAUGAUACCUUCCAUAACAGUAACCUACUCAAGGAGUGUUACUGUUUAAAAGAUGAAUCUUUCUCCUAAGCAAAUUGAAAAAGUCUAAUCUAAGCAAAAUUGAACAGCUAUCUUUUGACCAAAGAUGUCAUUUUUAGUGGAUGAUAUUUUCUGAAUACAAAACUUUGUACAGGAGCAUCUAUUACUUUAUUAAUUUUGUUACAAUUUUUUUCCCUGAUGAAAGGAAGAAAUGUUUUCUAGUUCCUCAUCCUUAUGUAAAUUCCUAAUAUAUAUUUUUGAGAAAUUUUGGUAUUUUUAAGGUAAAAAUGUCAUCUUUGGACACUUAUUUUUGCUUUGCUUUCCCCUCCUUAAGGGUGAUGGGAAUAUUCCGAUAGUACGUAUUUACUAUUUCUCCCAUCACCCUUGGAGUGUCUGUGACCUUAGCAAAAGGGAGAAAAUACUAAUACUUUCCAUAAGUGACCACCUUACCCGGUACCUCAGGUCUAAUGCUCUUUCAUGCCACCCUGAGGACAGUUUUAACAAAAUGUGAGGCCAAGCGAGAGGUUUUUUGCCAGGUGGAGAGACUGAACCCAAUAUAACAACAUUGACAAUAAAAGAACAAAGUAGCUAUUUGCACAGGAUGGACAGGUAGUCUUCAUUUUAUCCCCUCCCCUCUUCCAAAGCUGCAGGAGGCCUGAUAAAUCAAGUCUCCUCUCCAUCUGGCAGAAAACUGGGUUCACUGACAUUUUCUGCUAAGAACUUUUAAUUUUCUAUGCUUCUUGGCCAGAUUUUGUAGAGUUGUGACCUCUUUUGAAACUUAAAAAUGAAGAAGAAAGAACAACACAGUUCAGAGUGGAACAGACAUUUUUAACAUUUUUACUGUUUGGUGAAGGUGACAUUUAGGUUCAUUGUCCCUGAAAUUAUAUGAUUUUGUUCAACUCUCUAAAUUGUCAUCUCAGAUAGAUUUUGAUGCUUCAAAUAAUAACAACAUUACUGGUAAACAAAUGGCUUUAUUAGCAAGUGGAGGAAUUGGGAGGGGAGACAAAAGGUGAGAGGUGGUAGCUACACCUGUAAUAACGCUGUUUCAUCAGAUAAAUUUUUUUGUGUUGAGAAAAAUAUCAUAAAUUAAGCCCUAUGCCAAAAAAAGAAAAAAGAAAAAAAAAGCUACAGUUUUACUAAGAUUUUUUUAUCUCGUUCAGUUGUAGCAGCUACUUGACAUUUAUCACUUGAACAUAUGGAUUUUUGAAUUAAUGAUAUUUUUUUAGAAGUAAGGUUGGGCUUUACAUGGUACUGAGGCCUACAUGCUCCAGCACAGAUUAACAGUUAUUAUAUAAAUUAUUUGAUCCUGAAACAUGUUGGCACUUUUUGUCUUUUCUAUAGAGUGGAUAAUGUUAACAGCAUGUGUUACUUAGAAACAUAUGAUCAUGGGAGAUAGUUUUCAGACUAUUUACAGGAGCCCUUAUCACUUCUCUUCACUUUUUCCAUAGCAAUGAUAGGUAUUGUUCAGAAAAAAAAUUCUCUGUUGAGUUGUAUACCUAAGAGGAAGAGUUAACGUGGGGGAAGUAGCUAGAGGUAGUACCCAUGUAACAUCAAUGCCGAGUCUUCUAUUUCAGAGUGUUAAUUUUUUUACUUUGGCUUUUGAUGCCAUUAUGUGAUUUUAGUCUGCAGUUACAAAAGGUCAUGCAUUUCCUAUUAUAAGGGAGGUAUAUUUUUUGCAGCUUAAAUAUUAACUGUGGCUAUAGUAUGUACAAAAUUAAAAGGCUAUACACUGCCCCUUUCAAUCUUUUCAUUUUGAACUUUACAAUUAAAAGACUUUUUAGAAAAGAAGAAUUCCUGAGGUGUAAUUUUUUUAUG